GCCAUGUUUUUUCAGAUCUUCAGAGAGGUGUGUAGUUCACAAGACACAUACACACAGAGGAGGGCUGCCUGCUCUUUUCUUUUGUCUGACCUCCUCUGCAAAAAUGCACGCCUCACCACUAAUUCCUCACGUUUCCUUACAACCCAUAACUGCUUUCGAGCCGUGAAUUUGACAACUCCUUCCAUGUAUGAGGGAAUUAACGGAAGAUUAUCAUUAGCUCUUCAAAACAUCUCGGAAUGUUCUCUAAAAAACCUCAUGGAGAUGUCAGGAAAUCGACACAGAAAGUCCUGGACCCCAAGAAAGACGUGCUGACAAGAUUGAAACAUCUUCGGAUCGUUAUUGAAAAUGCGGAGCCUGCUGAACUCAAACACCUAUUCGAGCAGAAUUACUCCUACAUCUACUAUGUGUUCUUUGAAAAUUUUGUCACCAUCGAGGUUAACCUGAAACAGAAAGGUCACAAAUCACAACGAGAGGAGCUUGAUUCUAUUCUUUUUAUAUUUGAGAAAAUCCUACAGCUGUUACCAGAGCGAAUACAAGGAAGAUGGCAGUUCCACAGCAUAGGUCUCGUUCUCAAGAAACUGUUACACACUGGAAACUCCCUAAAGAUCCGGAGGGAAGGAGUGCGUCUGUUUCUUCUGUGGAUGCAGGCUCUGCAGCACAAUGCUCUGAGAGAGCAGCUCUGGAUCUUCGCCUGUCUGAUCCCAGGAUUCCCUGCACCACAGUCCGAGCUGGGCCCCCGAACCCUGGAUAAUCUGAUCAGCCCGCCCCUUAACCUUCAGGAGACUCAAGUGACUCCAGAGGAGAUCAGCCCGUUGGUGCCUCCUCAGUCAGGUGAUAAAUCCCAGGAGGAUCUCACUGGCUACUUCCUGGAGGCUCUACUAAAAUACAUGGUAAACCAGGCCAAAAGCCUGGAGUGGAAGUGCAAGGAGAACCAUGAGAAGGGGUUCGCCUUCCUGUUCGCCAAUUUCAAAAAGUAUUACCUGCCCCAUAUCUUCCCCAACUUCUCCAAGGAGACCAGUUUGUACAAUCCUAUUCUGGAGGUUCCACCCAUGAGACCAAAGCCUUACUACAUAGUUGUUAAAAGAGACCCAGAGACCAAUGAAGCCCUGUACUGCACUAAAGAGAACUUCCUCAAUGCCAGAGUCAUAUUUAUUCGCUGGCUGGUCUCCUUCUGGCUGGAGCCACGGUCAAACACAGGAACAAACAUCCCUGGCAUGGAAGGAGAAAUCGUGCCAAAGAAUAUCCAGAGAGCGGCGGUGGGCCUGGCUGCCCGAGGGGAGAAUGGCGGCCCGAGACCAGAUGGACUGGAUGGGGGUGGGGUCGGCGAGCCGGAGCAGUCGCACUCAAACACCAGCACCCUGACAGAGAGAGAGCCCAGCUCCUCUAGCCUUUGCAGCAUGGACGAAGAGCACCUCACUGACAUUGAGGUGGUGCGCCGGGUCCUGUGCUCCUCUAGAACCAAUGUCAACUUUAUCACUGAGAUCUUUCGACAGGCGUUUCUAUUGCCCAUGUGUGAGUCUGCAGCCAUGCGUAAGGUGGUGAGGGUGUAUCAAGAGUGGAUCUCUCUGCAGGAUAAGCCUGUGUUUAUGAGAGAGCCAGAGGAAGACCGAUUCACAGGCCAGUUGGACUCUGCCCACGAGCAGAGAACUGAUAAAGAGGAGGAGGAUAUUGGGCUCACAGUGUCUGUUCACAAUCAAAACCCUAAUUGGUGCAGGAGUUCUGGCAAUAGAUCCUCUAAUUCUGAGGUUUUGGAGUACAACGUACAUGCUGGUGUCCAGGCCACACUACAGGUUUUCAUCACCAACUCCUCUAACGUCUUCCUUCUAGAGGCAGCCAAUGAGCUGAAGUCACUUCUGGAGGAGCAUGUUGACAUGUGCAAGCGUGUGCUCAACAUAUACCGUAGUCUGGUUAUGCAUGAAACCAUGAACCAGAAGACCUGGGAACAGGUCUUGCUGGUAUUGCUAAGGGUAACUGAGUGUGUGAUGAAGAGGCCUCCAUCCAUAAUGCCUCAUGGGAAGAAGAGUAACACUUUAUCAGGCCGUUUGGCAGGGGCCAUUUUUCAGACUCUGAUUGUGGCCUGGAUCAAAGGGAAUCUGAAUGUCUAUAUCUCUCGGGAGCUGUGGGACGACCUGCUGUCUGUACUCUCCUCUCUCACCUGCUGGGAGGAGCUGGUCACAGAGUGGUCCCUCACCAUGGAGACACUUACCAAGGUUCUAGCACGCAACCUUUACAGCCUGGACCUGAACGAGCUGCCCCUGGACAAACUCAGUGAGCAGAAGCAGAAGAAGCACAAAGGCAAAGGUGGUGCCCACGAGGGCCAAAAAAUCACUGUGGACCGGUCGUUCUCCAAAGGCUGGAGUCGAGACCCACCAGGCCAAGCUGUUGCCAUGAGACAGCGCAGCGCUACCACUGCUGGCUCACCAGGCAUCGAGAAGGCCAGAAGCAUUGUAAGACAGAAAACUGUGGCUCUGCGUAGUUGCUCUACGGGGGACAGUCUGCUGUCCUCAGCCUUUAUCCGCAGUGCUAAAAGCGCACCUGUCCUGAUCCACCCCGUACACCCUCUCCUGCCUGAUUCUGUCCUCACUCCCCUAGCUGACGAGCUGUCAGACCUGGAGGAACCUCCCAUGGUCCAGCGCGGGCCGCGGAUCCGCCACUGCUCUCAGAGCGAGGAGACCCCGUCGUCCGAGGUGUUUUCUGCCUCCGGUGAGCUGGAGCCCCCUCUCCCCCGCAGCAGCAGCGCCUCUGACAUCAUGGAGCCCUUCAUCGCAGAACGGGUCAAAGGUGCACUUCCUGUCUCUGACAGUCCCUCUCACUCCUCCCACUUUACCACCACCACCACCACUUCUGAGUCCCCCCACAGUUCCCAGACCCCACACCAGCUUACUGACCCACAGCAACCCCCCGACAGCCAGGCAGCCCUGGAGGGGGGCGAAAGCAUCUAUGACCAUCUCUGCCAGAUGUCAGGGCAGCAGCCCCCCUUUAUCCCCGAUUGGUCCUGUCCGGCCGCGGCCUCGACCAAUCAAACCGAGGGCGAAGGGGAGGAGGACGUCUUCAGCGCUUUUAGGGAGUUUUGUAGCAAGGAGGACGUGAAGGUAGAAACGGGUGCAAAUAACAAGCAGGUGCGGUUCGAGGGAAGUGGGGAUUGGGCGCUAGAAUGGGAUAAACAAAUGGAGCAAAGUGAGAAGAGUUUUUACGAGUGCUUAGAGGAGUGCGACUGGGAUUUGAGUGAUAGUACGCAGCCAACAGAGGGCAGCAAAGUCACGCAGCUACACCGACAGAACGCCACAGACAGGGUUAGCGAGAGCGAGUUUAGCCCACUGCCUUCCCAGUUUGAACCGAGGCCCACGGUGUCCCAUCUUGACCCCAAAAAAUGCCAUAGUGGUGGGGUCCAUGUCAGCUUCCGCCCAUCCACAGAGUCUGUGCUGUUUCACAACCCUUUGGACCCCAAAGAGGCACAUUGGAAGACCCGACUUCGCCGUCUCGGCCACUUCAGCAGCCAUUCGGUUGGGGCGAGCGGGGCAGCAGCAAAGGGCGUGGGGGAGGGGGUCACCAGUUGCGAAGCGGUUGAGCGUGAUAGAGGCUCCGUCAGCGGGGCGAGACGUGGCCGACUCGGCCGUCCGACUCUCCGCCCGCGGGGAUCCCGCUCUAGGUCUCAGGAGUCAGGUUGCAGCCCCUCACGGCAGCAGCAUGUGUAUAAGUCUAUGUUCCACGCUCUCUCCAAACCCAAGGCACAGGCGGUGUCGCCCCAGCGUCAAGGCAAAGCGCCCGCCACUGAGGCUCACCUGAAGGACCUGUACACUCAAGUAAUGGGCUAUUUUGGAAGAAAAACAUCAGUCAAUAAAGAUGAGCUGACGCCGAAGAUGAGGCCCAUGUCCAACGAUGCUGGCAGCAGCAACCCUAAUGUCAGUGACCUCAUGGACGAGUUCAUCCAGGAGAGACUGAGGGCCAGAGGCACUUCUGGCAUGACGAGGCGUGGCAGUAGCCCGGGAAGUCUGGAGAUCCCCAAAGAUCUACCAGAGCUCCUGAACCGCCAGAAUGCCACGCGCCCUGCAGACGACCCCGGUGUGCCCUCUGAGUGGACCUCCCCAGCCAGCGCAAGUGGAAGUGACCUCAUAAGCUCUGACAGCCAAUCAGAUUCCUUCAAUGCGUUUCAAUAUGACAGCAAGUUUGAAAAUUUCAGCUUCCCCCCUGAGACGUGCGCUCUGGCCUCUGUGGAUCAGGAUAGUUUGGGUGGAGCAGGGCAGACCGCAGAGGAACAGGAGCUUUCCAGUCUCACAACACUCCACAACGAUUCCGAGACCAGCAGCCUCAGUCAGCAUGGCCUGUCUGCUGACACGGUCACCAUUACUGGUUCUGAAAGCGCAUCUCCAAUGCACUCUCUGGGAGGUUCCCGAUCACAGACGCCGUCCCCCGCCACGCUGACCUCUGAACAUGUCCAGCAUAAAGACCUGCAGCUGGAUGAGAAAAUGCACCACUCUGUGCUGCAGACCCCUGAUGACCUCGAAACCAGCGAGUUUCCGACCGAGGACUGUAGCGUGAUGGCUGGCGGCACUCUGACCGGAUGGCACGCUGACGUCGCCACUGUGAUGUGGAGGAGAAUGCUAGGCAUUCUGGGAGAUGUCAACUCUAUCAAGGACCCUGAGAUCCACGCACAGGUCUUUGACUACCUCUGCGAACUCUGGCAGAACCUGGCCAAGAUCAGAGACAAUCUCGGGAUCUCCCUUGACAACCAGUCGUCUCCACCCCCGCCAGAUCUGAUUCCACCCCUGCGGAUUCUGACUCCCUGGCUUUUCAAAGCCACUAUGUUGGGAGAACGAUAUAAGCAGGGUAAACUCCACGCCUACAAGCUCAUCUGCAAGAUCAUGAAGAGGAGACAGGAUGUUUCACCCAACUCUGACUUCCUCACACACUUCUACAACAUCAUGCACUGCGGCCUGCUUCACCAAGACCAGGACAUUGUGAACACCAUCAUUAAGCACUGCUCUCCCCGCUUCUUCUCUAUUGGACUUCCGGGAGCCACCAUGCUCAUCCUGGACUUCAUCGUGGCAGCGAGCCGCGUAACCGCCUGCUCGUCCCUCAAUGCUCCACGGGUAGAGGCUCAGAUCUUGUUGGGCUCCCUGGUGUGCCUCCCAAACCUGUACAACGAACUUCCUGCACUGCACCCGACAACGGCCGACAUCAUCAUGACGAAAUUCACAGAUGUCAAGGAGCAUAUAAUCAAGCACAUCCUGACCUCUGCCAGAGAUGAGCCUUCUGCACCAGCAAGGUGUGUGGCACUCUGUAGUCUGGGUAUUUGGCUCUGUGAAGAGCUGGUUCAUGGCACUCAGCAUCCGCAGAUCAAAGAAGCACUUAACGUCCUCUGUGUUACUCUCAAGUUCUCAAAUAAAACGGUCGCCCUGGUGGCCUCGGACAUUUUGCACCUGCUCAUAAACUACGUUGACGAACUGCAGAAAUUCCCGCCUAACACUCCAAAGAAAAUAGUGGAGGUCCUUAUUGCAACCAUCACUUACCUUCUUCCCGUCACAGAGUCCUCCCCUCAUGAGCUGGACAAGAGGCUGGUUGUGUCUCUGCUGCUGUGUUUGCUGGACUGGGUGAUGGCUCUACCUCCAAAAACUCUCCUCCAGUCGGUCCAAGGUGCCUCAGACAAGGAGAAGACCGACAAGUCCGUCCUAAGCUGCAUCUAUAAAGUCCUCCAUGGCUGUGUGUAUGGGGCGCAGAGCUUCAAUAACCCCAAUUACUUCCCCAUUCACCUGUCAGACUUAAGCAGCCCAGACUAUGACCCCUUUCUAAUACUAGAGAACCUGAAGGAACCAGAGCCUCUCCAUUCACCCGACUCUGAACGCUCUUCCAAACUGCAGCCCGUCACUGAAGUGAGGAGCCGUAUUCAGCAAGGCCUGAUUUCCAUUGCGGCACGCACGGUCAUAUCACACCUGGUCAACCACCUGGGUCACUAUCCAAUGAGUGGUGGUCCGGCCACUUUGACCAGCCAGGUGUGUGAGAACCAGGAUAACCCGUACAGCGAGAGCGCAGACCUGGCCCCCGAACUCUUUGACACGCCCAACUUGCAGUUCUUUGUACUUAACGGCACCACCCUGCUGUCAUACCUACAAAUCCGGGCAGAGGACGGGCUGCCCGGUGGCGGGAUGUCAGCUGGCCUCACCACCACCAGUGCCUGCGUUCGGGUGAUCGUGAGAGACAUUUCCGGCAAACACUCCUGGGACUCGGCUGUACUAUAUGGUCCGCCUAGUCAAACUUUGCGCCUUUACACAUCCUCCAAUCCAGCAGGGGGCGGUAGAGAGCGUGGCCGAGAUGAGGACAGUCUAGAGAGAAGCAGUCAAGAAGAAGCAGAGGAUGAAGCUUUUCAGGAGAAUGAGGAGGACCUGGAUGAGCAUGAGGAAGAGAUGAAAGAAGACAGACAAGAGGAAGACAUUGAGCAAGAGGACGAGGAGGAAGAGGCGGGUCUGGAACUGAUGGCCCCGCAGGCCAAACGGCGGUGCAGAGAGGUGAUCCCGAGCUGGGACUCCCUGCAGGAUGGGGAGGAUGCUCUGGAUGAGAUGUUGCAGUACCUGGGAUACUCCAGCCCAGAGUGCCUGCAAUAUACUGGCGCACCGCUCAACAUUCCAGCCCCGCCACCCACCUGCGUGUCCGAGAAGCAGGAGAACGACGUCAUCAACGGCAUUCUGAAGCAGUGUGCCGAUGAGAGGGACUUCACGCUGCAUCGUGGGAAUGAGCUGAACAUGAGGGCCGUAGUGCAGCAAGAGCCAAGCCCACAGAGACCCCAGUCAGCCUUCUACUACUGCAAACUGUUCCUCAACAUACUAGGCAUGAACUCCUGGGAGAAGAG